ACACACACAUAUGCACAAACAUAUACACGAACGAAUUUCUGAGCUAGCAGGGUGAGUUUUGGUGGCUGGCUGUAGCAGUUAUUGGGGGAAAGAAUGACUUUCCCUUCCAGGCUAACUUCGUCUCGCUCUGGCCCUCUGCCAGGACCGCCUAAUGCUGGUGCCGGUGGGGAGGCAUCAGGUCGGUCUACGAUCGCAUCGAAAGGAGGUGGAUCAUCGUGGCUAUCUAUUCCCCUUCCUCCUAGAUUACGCCAUGUGCGAUCACACAGUUUUUCAAGUCGCCCUUCCACUGGCUCGUUGAAGGAUACCUCCUCCCUGACCUCAGCGCCAGUGCCUGCUGCUGAUACUGUGGAUCAUAAGAGCACCAAGAAAGUUUGUGGCAGUGGGAUUUCCGCCUCUAAUAAGGCAUCUCAGCGUAUCUCACAUAAUGUCACAGUUGUAUCUUCGGCCACUCGCAGUGGCUCUUCCCAGGGGGGCUCUACUGAAGGAGGCCGGUCACGGCUGUAUACCCCACGUCGUUCAUCCGGUGGCCUUGUGGGCGGUACGCCAUCUGGUGGCAGGAGAUCGAGCGGCCGUCUGUCUGGAACCCCUGUCAAACGUGGGUCUGGGAUUACGGGCACUACUAGCUUGUCCCCUGAAAGGUCUGGGGAUGGCGGUCCCAGUGCGUCUAAUUGCAGUCUCCGGGCUAACUAUGGUUCUCAAACCACGUCGACAACCGUCGUUGCGGAGUCAUCGUGCACCUCCUUGACAGCCUCGGACUGCGGCAAUGCUGCCACGUCGAAUCGUUGCCGAGGGCCACUUCGAUCAAGGAAUUUGAAUGGCAAUGAAAGGAAUGCGACUGCUGUGACAGGAUCGAUGUCGAAGGCUAACCGUAUGGGGGCAUUGCCAUGUGAGUCUGGGACAUCGUCUGGCCUUCACAGUCAGAAGAGGGAACAUGGCUUGGAGAGUGGAGGGGAGGAGGUGCAGAGCCCCCUCAAGGGGUAUCAUCAUAUGUGGAAGGGAGGGUCGGGAGGUUAUGGAGGGUCAUCAAGACAGCAUACAGUGGGUGGCCCGAAUAGAAUGCCUCGAGCUGUUCUUGGCAAUGCCCAUAAGGAGAGUGCAGCUACACCUGGUGCAAAGCAGCUGUCCUCUGCUGGUGGAAAACAGCAGUCUUCCGCUGCUGCCACACCAAGUGGUAGGGUGCGGUCGGGCUCAUUCCUGUUCGAUCGGUUGGCUCGUGCGACACGCGCUGUAGGGAGGAAGGCAAGCGGCCAGGAAGAGAUGGGGACCUCCCUAUCAUCAGGUGGUCGUUCUAGCGAACGUUCAUCGCGGAUGGCUCUCUCUAAUGCAUCCUCCCCCACAAGGAGGGACUUGCCCCUUUCUAAGCCACCUGCAGUUGAUGUGAAAGAAGCACAAGUGGAUAGAGAAGUCCAAGGAAUGAGGGAUUUUGUCUCUGACUCAGAGACUAUGUCAGCGUCCGGUGCUGGCCUCGUAGCUGAAGGUCCUGAAAGAGAUUCGAAUCCGGCUGUCGCUGCAUCUUUGCAGCCUCCUGGAUGGGAGGAGGGGGGUGAAAAAGGUGAGCAAGAAGAAUGCGAAGUGGAGAAUAAUAACAAUAAUGAGGGACAGGGCGUAAGAACAGAAGCAAAAGUGGAGGAUGUUGAGGGAGCUGUGAACCCGCUGCCAGAUGAAAGUGAGAGCCCGGAGCUGAAAAUGAAGAAGAGGGAAGGGGGAGUUGCCGGAGGGAUUGGACGAAGGGAGGAUUUUGACAUAGAUCUGGAUGAUGCAGAAAACUGGAGAAGAAAAUCUGCAAUAUUUCGAUCUGGAACACCGUCUAAGUGGCUUCAGGACACACCAUCAAUAAUGCAGAAAUCCCAGGGCAUCCCCGAUGAGCCACAGACACCUCUAGUGCUGACAAAUGGCUCACUGGUAACUCUCUACUCGAAUGACCAGCGCCUUGCUGCCAUUCAUCAGAAUGGAAGGACUUUCAAGGAUUCUGAGGCAUGGAAGGUGGUUCCCUCCCAGGGAUCUGCUGCAAGUAACACAGUGGAUCACAGUAGGGGGAAUAGCAGAGUGCGAGGAGACGGUAACGAGGAGGGGCUUGUGGAAGGACCGGUUGUACUGGUUAAUUGCAAGCGACCUGAGCGAAAGCUGGAGGUCUCCAUCUGGGCACUUUGCAGUACAACAAACUCUCUCCUGAAGAGGUUGCAAGGCAAAGCAACCUGUGCUGAACAGGUUCCUUCUCUGCAGAGACAGGUGCAAAAUUUGAGGGAUAUGAUUAGGGAGGAGAGGGAGCAACACGAUGCAGAAAUGAUGCAUGCGGUUGCUGACAAGGCCAAUGCGGAAGACACAAUCGUACUUCUUCAAUCAAAAGUGGAGGAGCUACAGGUGCAGCAACAGCUGGCAGUGGCUGAGAUUAUGCCAUCCUCUGCCUGCCAUCAGAUUGACCCGGCUGAGACUGCAGAAAUGCAGAUGAAGGUGGAGGCGGCCGAGAAGGAGGUUGCAGAAUUGAGGCGUCGACUUCAUGCUCUCGUUGGCAGAGAUGACCCUUACGAUGUCUUGUCUUGUGAUGAGCGGUCGGAUAUUUCGGAUCUGGAGAGACGGUUGCUUGACAUGGAGAGGGAAAAUCGAGGACUGAGGUCUCGCAUUUCAUUAUUGGAAGAAAAGUCAUCGCAAGCAAAGGCAUUGUCGGAAGCCUGGGCGUGCAAGAAGGCAGUUGAUGCUGAGAUUGAAGCUUUCCUGAAGUCGAGAGGUGUUCAAAUGGCAGUCUUGGAGGAAAAGGGUUUGGAAGUGAUGAUGAGCCAAGCAGCAGCGGGUGGUCAAGUUAAGGGCAAUGUGAAUGGAUGCAAUCCAUCAAAUGGGCAACACAAUUUUGGUGGUCGGCAAGGAUGGAGGGAAGCUGUUGGACUCCCAGGAGGAAGAGAGAGGACUAGGUUCGAUCCACGCAAGUCCUUGGAAUGGAAAGCUGAUGUAGGUCAUGAUGCGACUGGUGGGGAGAACACCGUAGAUCCCAGUGCGCAUGGUCAAACUACGGGCUGCGAAGAGGCAUGCAUGACUGAAUUGUGUGAAGAGAGAAAGUGUGGUGGCUUCCCAAGCACUGGUGAAGCUGAAGCUUCCUGCCCUGAGGUAGUCAAGAAGCAUUGUGGUUCCCUUGCGUCCUCGAGAGGCAGAGAUGAGGCACUGGGUCAUCAAGAUGAGGAAGACGAGUUCUCUCUUGAUGUGCUGUCUGAUAUAAGGCGAGCUGGGAGAAGUAGCAGUCCAGGCAUUUCCAGCGAGGUGCUACUUGCUCAGCACCUUGUUCCAGACGGGAAAACCCAUACAGGUCAGGAGAAAGACCCUGGUGCGGGAGCUCGCUUCCCUACUCCCUUGAAGGACCUAGGGAAAGAGAUGUUUCCAUCCACUGAUGCAAAAAUGACUGGUGGUACGGAUUUGGGACCCUCUUGUCUGGUCAGGAGAGCAGCAUCAGUAACAACACGUACGUUCGAAGUCAAACAGGAGGGGGCUGCUUUCGCAAAAGCUUCACCAAGUAAAAUGAAGAAGGAAAGUGGGGAUAAAAAGUGGGAUGUGGAGGAUAUCCCAGAGUGUAGUGAGGAUACCACACUUUUGGAGAAGUCAGGAUUUGCCAGUGAUCAAACUGAAGGGAUGAGUUCACCAACAACGCAUCAGUUGCGAGUCAUCAAGGCUUUCCUGGCUAAUGAUAUAUCCAGAGAUGAAUUCCGUGCUGCUACCGCUGCUGCUGCUGCGAAAGCCAGCAGAAAGUGCCAAGUUCGUUCGACCACUGUAACUCCAGCAAAAGGUCUGGAUGCACCAUCUUGUGGGGGUCGGUAUGCCGAACCAUGUGCAGAAACCAGCCCUCAGAUGGAUACUGUGGACAUGUUCCCCGGAUAUGGAUCAGAUGACGUUCGCCUGUCUGGCAUGACACCCAUGCAAUAUGGAGAAGCUCGUGAGGAGAAUGGAAAUAACGAAGAGGAAGGCACAAGUUCACCUAGACAUGGUUUCAUCUUCUCAUCGGAGACUGAUGAAGAUGUUGAGGUGUUUAAUGCGGGGGUGACAGAUGGAAAAUUGAUAGUCAAUUCUAGUUCGCUACCCGUGGAGGGUGAGUGUGGGCCCCAAGCGGUUCUGCCAGGCGCAUUCGGUUCUGCGCAGUGCUCUCCUGGUUCUGACAGGCAGGGAGAAACAGGGGACAAGGAGGGUGACCGUAAGGGAAAUGGAGGUAUGCCAUUGUUGGUGGCAGAUUGGAGUCUACGGCGCAGACAAGCAAUGGAGGAGAAAAUAGAUUCAGUCCUCAGCAGGGGUGUUGGCGGAGGGGUCAGGGAAGGUUUUCCCUCUAAGCCUGCCGUUCACCAGCACCAGCAGCAGGGAGCUUGCAGUGAAAUCCCCUCAGCUCGGACUAUUGGUACUAGAAGUGAGGGUCCCAGAUUUGCCAAUGAGCGUCACAAACAUGCACAUUCAGCUGUGGUUAGUGCUCGGCAUACCGUUCGGGAGGAUAGCAAUAGAACAGCUAGGGCAGCUGCUUUGAGGGGAGGGGAUACCUCAUCUGAUCUAACUAGCUCUCGUAGGUCGUUGCUGUCCUCUGCUGGAACACCGGGGCAUCCUCCUUCAAGGCAGCGCCUGGCACUGCUGACAGGGGAGGGCAGAAAGCUGAAGGAGGCAGAUGGAACUGGUGGUGGUCCUUCAGUGACUCUAUCGAGCCCUGCGAAGAGGACUAGCGGAAAGGAACCUGAAGAACUCUCUUCUCGGCGGGAGAAGUCAACAUUGGAAAGAAAGGAGGAAAUGGCUGAAGGGUCAGGCAAAUCUGGAAGGAAGAAAAGAACUAAUGAGGAGGUCAGGCGUGGCAAAGACAGCAGCCAUGGGGAUGAAGAGGAGGAUGCUGAGUUCAGGGAUGGGAUGCUCAUGCGAGCAAGGAUGGCCAGUCAUGGAAAGGUCGAACUAUGGAGGGAGGAUAGCAAUGAGAAUGGCUUGAUUCGUUCCCAUCCAGAUCAUAGAGAGAGUGGAGGCAGUACUGUGGGAGGGGAUUAUCGGGUCUUUGAUGGUGUUGAUCGAAAGAACAAGAUGAAGAUGCAAAUAGUGUCCACAGUUGAGAUCCGAAAGGGAGGAAAGAACAGGGAGAAAGGGAGGAGUAGCAGCAAGGGAUCAAAGAGCAGGACGCGGAGGGAGAGGUUUUUCGAAGUGUCAACUACACCUGAAGAUACCGAGGAUGAAUUGGGAAGAGUGGUUGGCAAACUUGCUGAGCUGGAGGCAAGAGCGGCUCGAGCUGCAGGCAUGCUAGAGAAAGGAGUUACAAUUCCUCAUGGCAGAGCCAGGAAGGGUUCUGUUGACCUCCUGCAUAACGGGGCAGAAAGAGAUAACGAGUGCAAUCUGGAGGGAGCAGUAGAACGCGAUACGGUUCAUCACGGAAGAAAGGCACAAGCAGCAGUUGCAGAUGGCGUUGGAGCUGGCUUUGGAGUCACCGCCCAGAAUCCCCAAGAAAGGGUUGGCUCCACUCCAAUGACGCUUGCUGUUCAACAUGAGGAAGAGAGAAGGGGACAAGGUGAUACUGCACACCAGGACAGCCAAGCAGGAAGAGAUGGAGGGUUUGGUUGCAAGAGAGAACUGACUAGAGAACGGGGUUGCACCACGGGUGAGUUGACCUGACUGAUAUGAUUCUGAUCCUUAGAGGCCCUCCCUAGAUUUCAGAAAAGUGGAAUUACUUCUGUUUGCUACUAUUGCUCUCCUGACUGUGGAGUAGGGUUGUGUGACUGCCUCCACUUCUCUGGUCUACUCCCACUCUCCCUCCCUUGCUGGGCCAUGCGAUUGACAUUUGGGCACAUUAUCGUGGCUUUGCUUUUGCCGAAGCAAAGCCAAGAAUGGUAACCAGCAGAAACCUGCCAGACGGAUGCAUUUGGGCGGUCGCUGUUGAACAUCCACUCAUUAACCACUCUAAGAGAUGGGAAAGCAUUCCCAUUCUCCAUCCUGGCAUCUUUAUAUCCAGCAAUGGAGAUAUUUCGGUAUUCAUUGCUUGGAUACGGAUGCCUGCAGUGGUUAACGCAGGUUUGACUUCGGUUUUGUGCUGUUUCACUGUAUUGCCACCAUGAA